AAGUCGGGUUUUACGAAGCACGGAGUGGUCGAGAUGCCUGUGACAGUGGGGCCAUAAGGCCAGUCCCAACCCAGUUGCUUUGACAGAGUGAAAAUGGGCUUCAUGAUGGGCUUUGCUGUUGGUAUGGCAGCAGGUGCACUGUUCGGCACAUUUUCAUGUCUCAGGUUUGGCAUGAGAGGGAGAGAACUGAUGGGUGGUGUUGGCAAAACCAUGAUGCAGAGUGGUGGAACUUUUGGGACAUUUAUGGCAAUUGGCAUGGGAAUCCGCUGUUAAUGUUACCCGGUACUUUUCUAUCACGAAGACUAAUGCCCCUGCAAGUUGGAAGUUCUGCUAUGUAGUAGAAUAAAAAUCUCUGCACCAAGAUUGAAUAAUCCAUCAAAAUAAGUUUCGGCCUUUAUUGCUGUAGUAAGCAUUUGUAAAUCUUUUUCUCCAUGACAAAAGUGGCAAUGGCAGUGGAGAUUUAGAAGCAAUGGAAUCUCUGUAUACAAUGAAUCUCCGUGGAUGUGACCUCAAAUAAAUGAUCAAUUAUAGGAAUGAUA